AUGAUGGCCCGAAGAUCCUCUACUGAACGCAAGUCGACCAACACACUGUCUUCAAAACACACCACCUCUGUUCCCAACUCUCCUGCUGCUUCUUCCUCUCCGUCUCCUGAACCUCACCUCGCUUCCGUGACAACCAUGGUCGGCCGCAAGAACGCGCGCCGCAGCUCCGAGGCCGACGACUCCAUGGCCAUCACCUACACUCCCACAACCCACCGUAUCAGCAGAGCCAAGAAGGGAAAGCGCGUACACGCCUGCGAGUUCCCCGGUUGCGAUAAGGUCUUCACUCGCGCCGAGCACCGCAGACGCCAUGAACUGAACCACAACCCCGAAGCUUCCUACCAGUGCACAGAGCGUGGCUGCAAGAAGGCUUUCCGUCGGCCGGAUCUGCUGGCGCGCCACUUGGAGAGACAUGAGCACGAGUCACAACCGGAACAGUCGCAAUGGCCCUCGCAGCACCAGGCCUCCGUCGUCAAUGGCUUAACUUCCGUCCCGCGCUGCCUUCCCAUAGACAGUGAAUCUCUACUCGCCGCCACUCCUCAGCAGUCGAAUUCCAUGUCGAUUGGCUCUCUCGUGGCACCCGGCGUGCACCCGGACCUGGCCAGCGACUGCUCCAUGGUGUGGAAUGGCAUGGACCUCCCUAUGCAGCCGCGUCCAUCAGCAAACCUUUUUCAGAACCAGCUCCCCGAAUCGGCUGAUGACAGCCCCUUCUACUCUUCGCCCGCAGAGACCUGCCCCUCGCCUCUCUCUGACGCGACCUUCUCUCUCCCUCCCCACUCCAGCUCCUCCAUCUCCUCGGCAGCCCUCUCGGUCAUUGACCAGUACCCCAAAAACAUCCUGAAGAAUGACAUUACUGCUUCCCCGCUCCAGAUGCACUCGCCGCUGCAGUGGGAGGGCCACGAUGUUGUGCCCCCAUCGCAUCUGGUGUCCAUCUCUCUGGAGGACAAUCUGAUCCAGCCGCCAGUCCAGUGCAACUACCCUUCACCCACCUGGUCCAGCACCGACUGCUUGCCAUAUGACGAGCAGGUGCAAUCACUGGCCCACUUCCAGCCCAUGUCUUGGAAGCAGUGGGCCAUUUGA